AUUCAAGGUUGACACACAUUUUACAGCAGGCAUGAAUCAACCGCGUCUUUUCAAGCUGAGUACAGGACCUUGAAUAAUCACAUCACUGUAAAUGUUGGGCUGUGAUUGUAGUGAUGAUGAUCUUGAUAGAUUACUUGAAAUUGAUGAAGAAGUAAAGUAUGAAAAUCAACAAUUACCGAUUGUCGACUUGUACACAAAUAACCGCUCCCCAAAUCCUAGCCAUAAGAGAACUCUAUCACUGGAUUUAGAGCAAUGUAGCUCAUCAAAAAUAUUAAAGACAUUAGUGGCUGACCAUGAGGAGGACAAGCUCCAAGAUAAUAUUCAGCCAUGUACAUCUAUACCAACGAAUGCUGGUCUAUUGAAAAGGAUUCCAUUGGUCGGGGAUUAUGUUUCAUUGACGUUUAAUAGUGGUGAACGAUUUUAUCUGAGUUUUGGUGAAUCCGACAUUGAUGAUUUACCUGAUAAAUUUAACAAGUAUUCUUGUAACUAUGAAUCAUCAGAUUUGGUGUAUAAAGCUGAGGAACUUCUGAAGAAUUCCAAGUCUAACAUGAUCAGUGCACAAAUCGGAGAGAAACACGGAGAAUCUGGUUUCGCACAGCUAUGGACUACAAAAUAUUCCCCAUCUACUUAUUUAGACUUGAUAUCGGAUGAGACUACUAAUCGAACUCUCCUCAGGUGGUUGAAAGCCUGGGACCCAUAUGUAUUCGGGAAACCAGUACCUAAAACUCAAGUUAAGUCAAAUCCGAAUCCAGGGCUGGUACCAUACAAGUCGAAUGAUAUUGAAGCUAAAGCUGGUGAAAUUAAUCCUCGUGAUGGACUACCUCUGUAUAGACUGGUGUUAAUUUCUGGACCUCCAGGUUUAGGAAAAACUACUCUUGCUCACUUGUUGGCACAGCAUGCUGGAUAUCAAGUAGUUGAAAUAAAUGCGAGCGAUGAUCGUAGUUUAGGUGUACUACGUGAUCGUUUAACGACAGUCGUUUCUAGUUCAACCAGUUUAAAUACGUCAAAGAAGACAAGUUUUUGUAAUCAUGGAACAAAUCUUAAGCCGUGUUGUUUGAUCAUGGAUGAAAUAGACGGAGCUAUGCCUGUAGUAGUUGAACUAUUAGCGAAUGCUGCGAAAAAUACUUUGUCGUCUAAUACUGAACGACAACAACAGCGAAAUAGACGUGCUAAUCCUCCAUUAGUUUUACGUCGUCCUGUUAUCUGUAUAUGUAAUGAUCUAUAUUCUCCAUCGAUUCGAGCGUUACGAGCUCCCGGAAUACCUUGCUUAACUAUACGUAUACCUAUUGUUGACUUAGGUCGAUUGGUUUCUAGACUUGAUUUAAUAACUAAAACAGAAGGAUUAUCUCUUGACAAGAUAACCCUUACACAAUUGGUAGAAAUGUCUGAUCGAGAUAUUCGUUCGUGUUUAAAUACAUUGCAAUUCUUGAAUUCAGUAAAAUCUUUAGGUAAUAAUAUAAACCAUAAAUCAGGUUGUUUGUCAGUGAAUGAUAUCUUAUCCCUGUCCCAAUUUCAUAACGGUGGCCUGAAAGAUGUUCAGAAAAGUGUAUUUGAUGUGUGGAAAGCUGUAUUUACCAUACCUUCAUCUCGUUUACUUUCAAAUCGUAGAAUAACCAGGUCUGAAUGCAAUAAUAAUAAUAAUAAUAAUAAUAAUAAUAAUAAUACAAGGAGAAGAUAUGGUAAAAAUCAUGAUACUCAAUCUGCUAGACUAGCCUAUAUAAUGGACGUUACAGAAGCUUCUACUGAUCAUCAACAAAUCACACUGGGUAUAUUUGAGAAUUAUCUUUAUGGUCAUUUAAAGGAUGCUACCUUACGAGUAGCUUGUCAGGCAUCUGAGUGGUUUGUGUUCGACGAUUUGCUUAACACUUGUGUACAAACUAAAUCGAAUUAUUCACUCCUACGUUAUGCUAAUUUCUUGCCUUGCUGGUUUCAUAUGGCUUUAGCUACACCAUCAGGUCUUUUCAACAAAUUUACUACUGCUAAUAACACAUCAACCGGAAAUGUCAAAUAUGUAGGCGGUUUACGUUGGCCUUCUACUCCUUUGGAAACUGCUGCCACUCGUUCACAUUAUUUGGCAAUAUUGGAUCAGUUAUAUUCAAACCAAUGGAACCUACCUCAAUGUAAAUCUGAUAAGUCUGUCAGUAAUUUUAACAGUUUUCGAUUUCUACCACGUCGUCAUUUUUUAUUAGAUAUGGCACCUACUUUAAUUACUCUUUUGAGUAUGAUCGCUUCCACUCUUCGGCCGUUGAGUGCAGAGUUGUAUAGUCAACAUGAGAAAUUAGCGCUUGACAAUUUAGUCAAUUUAAUGUUAAAUCUUGGUUUGAAUUUGUUAGCAGAACAGGAUUCUGAGAGUAACGAAGUUCAAUAUCAACUUAAUCCGCCGUUAGAUCUUGUUGCUUGUUUCACAAAGACAAGUAGUUUGAAGUCACUUGGAUAUGCUACUAAACAGUUUAUUGCACGUGAGUUAGAAAUUGAAAGAGUUCGACGUUCUGAAUCAAUGAUUAAUCGAAAUGUUAAUAAGUCAGAAGCUUGUAAUGCCACCACCAAAUCGGAUUCCAAACCAUCACUCGAGAAUUUAAUGGAUACUGUAUCACAAAAAUCAAAACUUAUUGGUACAAAAAGUUCAAAGGUGAAAAAAGAUUUCUUUGGACGCAUAAUCAAUGAAAAAAUGAAUAUUUCUAGUACUGUGAAUACAACUGAAGAUUGCGGUGAGCAAAGAGAGUCCAUUGUCGACCGAGAUAUUUACUACCGCUUUAAGGAGGGCUACUCAAAUGCAGUUCGACGACCGGUUACUAUGAAAGAAUUCUUGUAAAUGAACUUGGAGCUUUUACAAACAUUUUAAGUAUAGUUGCAGAGUAAAAGUAAUUUCACUUAGUACUUCAUUUUCUUGUUAAUUAAUCCUAUUGUUUGUCUGCAGUAUUUUGGAUUUCCACAAAUUGAUUCUUUUGUAUGUUUGUCGAAGAAUUGACAACUGCGAGUUGGGUCAACUAUAUAUAUAUAUCUUCAUUAUUAUGUAUGCAGUUGCAUAUGAGUUUCCUCAGGAUACUCAGUUAUUUUGUGAGAUUUCUCAUUUACAAUAGUAACCCAAUACAAUGAGUUUCCUCUCUGUUACUGUAUUUACACAUAUCGAUUCUAUGUAUGUAAUGGUCAGUGUUUUUAGAACUAGUUAUCACUUGUUCGUCUUAUUUUGUAGUUACCUUUAAAAUGAUUUAACAACUGAAUUUUAUCACUAUUUUCUGAAACGUAGUGGUUGCAGAGGAUUUACUCGAACUGUUUUGAUCCAGGCUCCCUAAUAAACAUCAUAAUGCACUAUGAUCAUUCUUAUCCGCAACAUUUACCUAUAAUUUACUUUUGUGUGUGUUAUAACUUGUGAACCUAUGUGCCCUGUAUAUUGUAUAACGCAACGAAACCGCCAAUCAGAGAGCAGCAGAGUAUCGACCGAACCAGUGAUGCAUAAAACACAUGUGAGCAGCCUAGAGUCCAGAUCAGUCCUGCUUUCCGCCUAGCUCAGCCAGUUGAGUCCAGAACACCAAUCUCAGCCUUUGCAAUAUGAAUCAUUAUAUUUCAAACAUACUGAGUUUAUAUACCAAUCAAACAGACCAAAUCGUAACAUAAAAUAGGAAAAAACAUCUAUACAAGAAUUAGCCAGAUGUGGGUGUGAAUGAGGGUAGUGAUUAAUAUACUGGGUAUAACUCAAGAAUGGUAAAACGUAUCAUAAUAGUUUAUGGGUCAAAAUAAAGCUUAUACUAAGAGGAAUAUGAAUAUGCAUAGUUUAGUUACUUAAUAAUUAUACACUAGAAGUAUACGUUUAGUACUGGUCCAUCAACAGAUCCCAAAAGUUACCAUUCAUUAUUCUUGUCAGGACACAACCAUGUGCUUCAGUUAUUUGUACAUUAUUUACACUCAACAAAAGUUCCGUCAUAGUCCCGUUGCAGUGAGCAUUCUUAGAUAGUGAGACAGCUACGGUCUACUUAUACACUUGUUCAAUAAUAAUAGUGACGUCUUCCCGUUUGCCCACAGAUGUUCUUGUAAUUCAACCGAUCGUCACGAGGUACAUGCAUCCGCAUUUAAAUAUAUGUGUAUCCCACCCAAAUAUAUAUAAAGACAUAUACAACGAAUGGUUAAAAUACAGUGAUAUGCAUAUGUACCCAGAAGGCCUCUAACACUUGUGUCGCUUAUUUGACACCACCAGGCGGAUAGCAGUAAUAUAUUUACUUCAUGGAAAGUCGUGAUUGUGUCUUGUUGCAAAGAUAGUCAUGUUACGUAAGUCGCCGUUGUCGAUAUCUAUUGCUAGGUCAGCAUCCUUAUACACUGACGUCUGUUAAGGUACCGAAUAUUUUAUCUCAGCUGUGGAAAGUUUAAUUUACCCGAAGUACUUACAGUCGAUUUUCCAGAGUUGAUUGCAGUUACAGGAGUGAAUAUAUUCUAGACUGAGACAAAUUACACAUUAAGCACUGCAC